CCAAAAAAAAAAUAGAAUACCAAACAAACCACAAUAAAAUAUUUUCCUUUGCACCUUCCUUGCACUUUCCAAACGCUAAACAAACUCGAACCUCUUUUUUCACCUUGGGUUGAAAGCCUCUUUCAACCUUUUCCAGAACUUUGAAAUUUUAAUUUUCGGGUAAACAUAUCACCAUCUCGUUUCCUUGACUCUUCUUCCGUUGUGAAUGGAGAGAGAAGGAAACGAUUGUGUUGUGGGCGACACGUCUCUCACAGCUUCACCUUUUGAUGGUGAAGCUUCCAUUUUGAGUUCCACCCUUUUGUUGGAUCACGUUGGGGAGGUCACCCUCACCUUUCACUCAGAUAGGCUGUCUUGGAAAUUGGUUGAACCAUUGGAUAAUGAUGUUUCAACUUGUUUAGGCAUUAAAUAUUUUUCUAAGGUUGCUACUGGGAUCAAACUUUCUGACAUAUAUGCUUUUGAGUUAAAUGAUCAUGGUUCAAUUCACAUAUCAAGUCUCCCUCCUGCUACUGAAUGUCUACUUUUAGGUCAAGACAUAAAGAUGUACAGCUUUACUGUGCAUGGUUUUAUAAGGAACAAGAAUCAACCUUCUCAAUGCAUCCUGGUUGAAUAUACUUUUGGUCAUAAAAAUUUGCCAACAUGUCAGAUGUGGGUAAAUCAACUUAAUGCUUCCUUGAAACAUGAAGUUGGAAGACCAAAGAAUCUUUUGGUUUUUGUUCAUCCAAGGAGCGGGAAAGGUAAUGGGUGUAGAACCUGGGAAGCUGUGGCUCCUAUAUUCUCUCGUGCUAAAGUAGAAACAAAGGUGAUUGUGACAGAGAGAGCAGGAGAGGCAUUUGAUGUGAUGUCUUCUUUGACAAAUGUGGAGCUUAACUCAUAUGAUGGUGUUGUUGCUGUUGGUGGUGAUGGAUUUUUCAAUGAAAUCCUUAAUGGGUUUCUUUCUCCCAGGUUUAAAGCUCCCUACCCACCAACUCCAUCAGAUUUUGUUCAUUUGGUUAAAGAUAAUGAUGAUUCCUUGGUUCUUGAUGAAGAUGAAAUAGUUGAUGAGACUUCAAGUCGAAAUGAAGACCAGUUUCCUCUGAUUUCAAGUCCAAAACAAUCUGGGUCUAGAAUCUCAAAUUCAAAUUCUGAAGAUAAGGCUGCUGAAUUUCCUCUUCCUAAUGAAUGGUUUAGAUUUGGGAUUAUUCCUGCAGGUUCAACUGAUGCAAUUGUAAUCUGUACAACUGGAACUCGAGACCCUAUUACUUCUGCAUUGCAUAUUGUCCUUGGUAAAAGGGUGCACCUUGACAUAGCUCAAGUUGUACGGUGGAAAAGAACUCCUAAAUCUGAGGUUGAGCCUCAUGUGCGCUAUGCAGCUUCCUUUUCAGGGUACGGAUUUUAUGGUGAUGUCAUCACAGAGAGUGAGAAGUAUCGCUGGAUGGGUCCCAAACGUUAUGAUUACGCUGGAACAAUGGUAUUUUUAAAGCAUAGGUCAUAUGAGGCAGAAAUAACAUACCUAGAUGUUGAAUCAGAUGAAACCAAUUUGACUUCCAGAAGGGAUCAUGAGGGUAAUCUGUUACAGGCAAUAAGGUCUCCACAAAAAUCAGAAAGAUGUAUCUGCCGAAUUAAUUGCAAGGUUUGUAAUGAAAAGCCAAAUCAUGCAUCCGUUGGAGUUUGCAGCCUCACACCUCAUCUGAAUUCAGAAGAAACAAGAUGGGCAAGAUCCAAAGGACGCUUUCUUAGUGUAGGAGCUGCUGUAAUCUCUUGCAGAAAUGAAAAAGCACCGGAUGGAUUGGUGGCUGAUGCACACCUGUCAGAUGGUUUCCUUCAUCUUAUAUUGAUUAGAGACUGUCCUCAUGUAUCUUAUUUAUGGCAUCUGACUCAACUUACAAGAAGAGGGGGAAGUCCCUUGAAUUUUAAGUUUGUGGAGCAUCAUAAGACCCCUGCGUUUACUUUUACUUCUUCGGGCAAUGAAAGUGUAUGGAAUGUGGAUGGAGAGAUUUUUCAGGCACACCAACUCUCAGCUCAAGUGUUUAGAGGCCUUGUAUGCAUGUUUGCAUCUGGUCCUGAAGUUUAAUUGUGAACAUAGCUAUUUUGUGUAAAUUGUUUUGGCUAUGCCAUUAACAGGAACCGUGAUGAAGCUUAUUUAGCUCCAAGGAAUUGCGUAUAAUGUAUCUAUUUACCAAUUCCUAACUACCAAUUAGGUGGAAGGUUUGGGACUUGUAAUCAUGGAGGGGAAAUUUGCUACAUUUGAAUGUAUAUCUUUUUGUGAUUUGUACAUGAUUUACUAUUGUAGAUCCAACGAAGUGCAAGAAGGCUUGAAUGUAGAUCAUGGUUUUCUAUAUUUAGUAGCAGGAUACCGUGCGAUUGCAGGGGUUGUA